CUCGGUCAGAGGAUCAGAACACCGUAAAGAACAAUGUUGAGUCCGAGAAGUGUAUUGAUUACCGGGGCAAACCGUGGGAUUGGCCUUGAGCUUGUCCGACAAUUUCUGCAGCUAGAAACGCCACCUAAACACGUAUUUGCCACGUGCAGGAGUCCUGACAAGGCCGAGGACCUCCAUACUCUUGCGAACUCGAAUGGUGCUGUACAGGUGCUUAAACUAGAUGUCUCCGAGCCUGACAGUUUUCCGGGCCUCAGAGAAGAAGUUGAGUCUGUUUUACAAGGUAGUGGCCUGAAUCUCCUCAUCAACAACGCCGGGAUUAUUGGUCGUGACGACCUUUCCUCUGUCACCGUUCAAAGAAUGGAGAGUCUGUACCGUACUAACACGAUCGGACCAUUGUUUCUAGCUAAAGAGUUCCUUCCCCUGAUACAGAAAGCUGCAAAAGCUGCCUCCAACCAACCCAUGAGCUGUACCAAAGCUGCUAUCGUUAAUAUGACAAGCAAGGUUGGAUCCAUGGAGGACAAUGGAAGUGGAGGGCGCUAUCCCUACCGAACGUCCAAGGCUGCGUUGAACAUGGUAACGAAGAACCUGAGUGUAGACUUGAAAUCUGACGACAUUCUCAGCGUGAGUCUACAUCCGGGAUACGUGAAGACAGACAUGGGUGGACCAAACGCCCUCAUCACGUCGGAACAGUCGGUACAAGGUAUGAUGAACGUCAUGGCAGGCCUUAACGAAGACACCAACGGCCUGAUGAUUGACUAUGCCGGCAAGAUCAUCCCCUGGUAAAGUGGCAUCUCUUGGUCGACUGAAGAGUAUCAAUCCAUCAACUACAAAUUAAUGCUAGUAAGGAAUUAGAUAACCUGAACCAUUCCUGAACUCGAACAUGUGAUAUUUGCUUAUCUGAACUGUGUACAACUGGAUCGUGACUUUGAGAUGGUAAACGUCAUUUAAUUGGUUCACGUGAUUACGUAUUCAGUAGGUUCAGAUUGUGACUCGUUAAAAUAAUACCAAUUUGUAUUCAAAAUCAGAAUUCUUCUAUAAUUGAAAAGGGCUUGUUACCAAAUCCUGUCAAAUUAUUUGUUUGUAUACAAACAUGAAAAGUCCUAUAACAUGGACUUUUCAUUUCAUUUUUGUGUAUUCUACUUGUAUGUUACAUUAUUUUAAAGAUAAAACUGAAAUUGAUAAAUGACA